AUGUUUAUUAUCGAUUGGUUUCGCAGCGUUCUUUCUUCUCUGGGUCUACUUAAUAAGAACGCAAAGAUCUUAUUCCUUGGUCUUGAUAAUGCAGGGAAGACAACCCUUCUCCACAUGCUGAAGAACGAUCGUUUGGCCGCUCUCUCGCCUACAGCUCAUCCAACCUCAGAGGAAUUAUCAAUUGACAAUAUCAAGUUCACAACCUUCGAUCUGGGUGGGCACUAUCAAGCUCGCCGCAUCUGGAAAUAUUAUUUCGCCGAGGUCGAUGGCAUUGUCUUUUUGGUAGACAGUAUGGACCAUGAGCGUUUCCCGGAAUCCAAAGCUGUGCUGGAUGCUCUCCUUGCCAUGGAGCAGUUGGAACAUAUCCCUUUCUUGAUCCUUGGGAACAAGAUCGAUGCUCGCGGAGCUGUCUCAGAAGAGGGACUCCGCACAGCUCUUGGAUUGGUUCAGACAACUGGCAAGGGCAUUGUCCCAUUAAAUAACAUUCGUCCCAUUGAAGUCUUUAUGUGUUCUGUGGUUGCACGGCAAGGAUAUGGCGAGGGUUUUCGAUGGAUGUCGCAGUACAUCUAA